AUGAAUUCGUUUAAUCCAAAUCAAUCACCUUUAGCCUCUCCGGCAAAAUUGAAUAAUGGAUCUCCAUUACGUAAAAAACAAACAAAUGCAUCAAAUAAUCAUAGUAGAACCCCAUCAGCAACUUCAAAUCUUCUACAUUCACUACAAAAAGAUUUUAAUAAACUCGAAAGACAAUAUACCGAACUACUAAUGAAAAAUAAUAAUAUAUCAAAUGAUUAUACUCAAUUAGAAUAUGAUAUUUCCUUGAAAAAUAAACAAUUACAAGAUCAAUCAGAAAAAAUUUUCAACUACGAAAAAAUUUUGAAAAAUAUGGAAAAUGAUUAUAAUAAAAAUAAAGAGUUAUUAGAACAAGAAAUUUUUUAUUAUAAAGAUUUAAUUGAAGUUUUAAAUUCUAGAAUUGAAAAACUUGAUAAUGAAAAACAAUCAAUUCUACUAAAUAAUGAAUCAAAAGUCAAAUCAUUGAAUAAUAAUGAUUUAUUAGAAAAAUAUAAUAAAUUAUUGAAGGAUUAUAAAAUACUACAAAGUAACUUUGAAAUUGAACAAAAUUCAAAAUUAGUUUUAAUUGAUCAAAUUGAAUUUUUAAAUAAAGAAAAUGAAUCAAAAACUUCUCAAUUUAAUUCUCCAAUUGAAAAUUAUAAUAAAAUGAAUAAUGAUGAAGACGAUGAAAAUCAUGAAUUUCACUAUUUUAAUACCUCACAAAGAACUGAUAGUUCAAUUAAUGAUGAUGAAAGUAGUAUAAUACACAACAUUCAUCAUAUGAAUAAUAUAAUUCAACAUGAUGAUAGUGAUAGUGAUAAUGAUUCAAGAUUACAAAAUAGUCAUAUGUUAAGUUAUUUAGUUGAUGAUUUACAAAAAAAUAAAUUAGAAAGUUCAUCACCAAUUAAACAAUCAAACUAUAUUGAUGAUGAAUCAAUGGAAGUUUCAAAUAAUUUUCAAUUUCCUCCUUUGAAUAAAGAUUCACAAUUAAAUAUAGAACAAUCCCAAUCAAAAUUUCCUCCAUCCCCUGAUCCACAAUAUAAAAAUCAAAAACGCCAAUCAUUACCAGUUAAAUUGAAAUCUUCUCAUGCAUCUCCUUUAAUUGAUAAUGAAGAAUUUGUUCUUUCACCAUUGAAAUUAACUAAUGCAAAUACUACUUCAUUUUUUGAUCUUGAUACAUCUUACACUCAAAAAAGGUAUUCAAAUUCUAAACCAAAUCAUUCAAGAUAUAAUUCUCAUGAUAUUGUGCCAAUAAAAGUUGAAUUUGAACCAUUAGAACUGACAGUUAGAAGUAGUUCAUUACCAGAAAGAGAACAUCAAUUGAAAAAAUUUGAUAUAAUAAAUGAAGAAAAUCAAUCAAUAAAAGAAGAAGAACCUAAUAGUAAAUCAUUUAGAAACUCUGCAUUUUAUUCAUUAACGGGGAAUUUUUAUGAAACACCUUCUAAUCGAAAUUCAAUUUUGACAUCAAAUACUAACAACUCAUCUAAAAGAUCAAGUUUAAUUGUUGAUAAUAAUAAUAACACUACGUCCAAUGAUAUAACCAAACAAGAAAUCAUGAAAUUAAAGUUUGAAUUACAAUCACUCAAGUUACAUAAUGAAAAAUUACUAUCAUAUAUUGGAUUUGAAUUACAAAAACAAAAGAAAAAUAUUAAGAAAUUAUCAAAUAAACAAUCUUUAAAUGAUUUGAGAAAUCAACAAGAUGAUGAAGUUAAAAGUCCUCAAAGAAAUAAUGAUAAAAAAAUUGAAUAUUCUGAUGCAAAAUUAAUUGAAAGAUCUAGAGAAAUGUUAAUUCACAAAAAAAGAGUAUUAAGGUCAGUUUCAAUAAAUCCAAUAAUGUCCAAAAACUAUCACCAUCAAAAUACAUUGAAUCAUCGUAAUAGUAAGAAAAAUAAUUUGAAUAGAGGAAUUGGAAUUGGAUUAUUGCCUUUAAACGAAUUAACCUUAUCUAGAACAAAUUCUGGACAAGAAGAAUUAUUUUCAUUUACAAGUGAUUUCAUUAACAGUAUUGAUAAUCAGGAUGAAGAUGAAGAUGAAUAUGGGUUUUUAAAACAUAAUCCCAGAUUCAAAAAUAGAAUCUUAUCCAAUGGAUUAAAUGAUUAUUUAAACUAUAUUGUGGAAAAUGACGAGCAAGAUGACGAAUCCGAUAAUGACAUCAGCAGCUUAUAUUCUGGUAAACUCCCCAAGAAAUAUAAAUCUCAAGUAUUUUAUCAAAAAUCAAAUUAUAAUGACUCGAGUAUUCUCAUUGAUGCAGAUGAAUCCACCACCGAUUUCCCUCGCGACAAAUGGGUUAACGAUGAAGAUGACACUUCGAGUGAUGGUACCAUCACCGAUGACGACGGAGUAUUACACCGAAUCAAAUCAAUAUGUUUUGGCACCUCCAAGGAAAAAUCUCAUCACCAUAACCAUAAAAGAAAGAAAUCACAACCAUCGGUUGACGACAACUUGAAGUACAAGUUUUUAUCCAUUGCAUUUGGAAUCAUGUUGAUUGGUAUCCGAUGCUCCAGCUACCAACAAAAGACCGCCAUAUCAAACUAG